AUGAACUCAGACAUCAACAAGUUCAUUCAUUGCCGUCUAACUGAGGAUGUUCAAGUCGUGCUUUUCACAGACCUGAUGGCAAAGUUCUCUAUCACCAGCAAUGAAGCCAAAGCUGCGAUGUAUGACUUUUACAAUGCCACCACCUCCAAAGUGCACUGUGUGAUAGUAUGCGGAUACAAGAGUGGGCUAAUACGAAUAGUGGACGAUCUGGAAAAGUUCGAGGACGACGACUCGAUCCUGGACGCGUUCAUAUAUGCGUUCAAUCCAAUGGACCAGUUUGUGCCCGUGAAUUCUAUGACCAAAAGACCUGUAGCGGUGAGUAACUGCUACGAGCUUGCCGUCGAAACGGCGGUACCGAGCGGUACAAAUAUGGAAACCAAAAUGGGCUCUGAGACCAUCAACACAGGCCCAAACAAGAGACCAACUGUCAGGUCUCAAACUUUGCCCUCCAGGCUUACGGGAUCCAGGCCCCAAUCUCCUGCAGCUACAAAACUACAGCCUAAACCAGCGGUCAAGAAUACAGGAGAGCUGAGGUCCACAGCUCUACUCCAGAAAAUGCGUAAGGAACGCGAAGACAAGGAACGCAGGCGACAGGACGAACUGCGCAAGCGUCGAAAAAUGCAACAAGACAAGGUUAAUAACGACCCCAAGCGUAAACAAGAACUAGAAGAACUGUCGGCAAUGUUCGACAGCGACGAGGAAGAAGGAGAUGCGGAGGGGAAACAGCCUCGAAGCGACCCUCCUAGCACAAAUGACGCCAAUUUUUUUCCGAGCGAGACGGCAAAGCCUACAGAGGCCGAACUGGGCGAACUUUUAGAGACUACAGCAGAAGAAUCUUUGGUCGAGAUCAAACCCCCCUCGCGAAACCAGAGAGCGGCAGAUGAGGAACCCGACAAACAAGGCGAUGAGCCGCAAACCUAUUUAGACGAAGAGGGCUACACCGUGACGCAAAGACCAGCCCAAAGAGCCUCGUCCACGCCUGUCAAGCGAUCAGCUAGGAUUGUGCCUAAUAUUUCCGAGAGCGUCUCGAAGAAACCGAAGCAACAAUCGUUGAUGAAUUUUUUCAACAAACGGAAGUGA